GCCGAGUCAGACAGACGCAGGCGUUGAACAACAGGAGCCACCACCGCAAAAUCCCCGCGCCGAUGGAUUCCGGCUCCUCCCCGGCCGUGGAGGCGCCUCCACCGACGGGAGAUAAGCUGGCGGUGUUCUGGCACGAGGGCAUGCUGGCCCACGACGCCGGCCGCGGCGUCUUCGACUCGGGCCGCGACCCGGGGUUCCUCGACGUGCUCGACCAGCACCCGGAGAACGCCGACCGCGUCCGCAACAUGGUCUCCAUCCUCCGCCGGGGGCCCAUCGCUCCCUUCCUCUCCUGGCACUCCGGCCGCCCCGCCCACGCCUCCGAGCUCCUCUCCUUCCACUCCGCCGAAUACAUAGAGGAGCUCGUGCAGGCAAAUGCCGCCGGAGCCAAGAAGCUAUGCGAAGGCACUUUCUUGAACCCUGGCUCCUGGGGCGCGGCGCUUCUGGCCGCCGGAACCACGCUAUCCGCCGUGAAGCACAUACUCGAUGGGCACGGGAACCUGGCCUACGCGUUGGUCCGCCCCCCUGGCCAUCACGCGCAGCCCGACCGUGCCGAUGGUUACUGCUUUCUGAACAAUGCGGGGCUUGCUGUGCAGCUGGCUCUGGAUAGAGGGUGCGCAAAGGUUGCCGUUGUCGAUAUUGAUGUGCACUAUGGGAACGGUACUGCGGAGGGCUUCUAUCGCACAGACAGGGUGCUGACGAUCUCUCUCCACAUGAGGCAUGGUUCAUGGGGUCCAUCGCAUCCGCAGAGUGGCUCGGUCGAUGAGAUUGGUGAAGGCAAGGGGCUUGGGUACAAUCUUAAUAUACCUUUGCCUAAUGGAAGUGGGGAUGCAGGGUAUGAAUAUGCGAUGAACGAGUUGGUUGUUCCGGCUAUUGAUAAGUUUCAGCCUCAGCUUUUGGUUUUUGUCAUUGGUCAAGAUUCUAGUGCGUUCGAUCCCAAUGGAAGACAAUGCUUGACCAUGGACGGCUAUAGGAAAAUUGGACAAGUAAUGAGGAGCAUGGCUAAUCAACAUUGUAAUGGGAAAAUAUUGAUUGUCCAGGAAGGGGGUUACCACAUCAGUUAUUCAGCAUAUUGUCUUCAUGCAACACUGGAAGGUGUUUUGGAUAUGCAAGCCUCACUGCUGGAUGACCCGAUUGGAUAUUAUCCAGAGGAUGAGAAAUACACUAUGAAAGUUGUUGACAUGAUAAAGAAUUGCUGGAAAGAAUCUGUUCGUUUCUUGAAUGGCAUUUAGAAAUUAUGUUUUGGAUGCCUCAGUUUCAAACCAUUCCAUACUCAAAUCAAAUGGUCAUGGUUUUCUAUUGGUCUAGGGAGAGCACUGGUUGAAGGAACUUCAAAAUGCAUCCUGCUUUCAUGAUCAAACGGUGGCAAACCUCGAUCUGAAUCACAUCAUAUUGUGCAUGUUUAGGCUUUUACGAACCCCUGACUCUCAAUCGAUGUUGUACAUGACAGAUUAAUCUCCUAUCUCCUUGCACGUUGUAUGCUAUUCAAGCAAUUCUUGCUGCC